AUGGGUUAAGCAAAUUCAUAAAAUUUACAACAAUCGAAAAUGAAUGUUCCUAAGAUCAGUCAGCUGUAAUUUUGGAAGCAAUCUACAGAUAUCCGAUAUGGAGAAAUUAGAAUAUUCAAGACUUAAGAUCAACAUGCUGUAGCUGUUAAAGAUCAUAUUUUUUAAGAUGAAGAAUAAUGGAAUUAAUUCAAAUUAAUCUAAGAGAAACAAAUGGGGAACAAGUAAAGUACACCUUUCUUAAUUUAAAUGAUUGAUUUAUAACAUGUUACAGAAAAAGAACUCUGCACUCAAUUAACUUAGGCUCACAGUGUCUAUGAAUAUUUUGAUGAAUAUUUGGAACGAGUCAUAAAUGAAUUAAGUGAAACUAAAUAAUAUUUUGAAGAAAUUGAAAUAGUUGCGAUGUUACAUUGUACAUUAAUGGCACUAUAAAGAUUAAAUGAUCAGUAGAAACAACAUGGGGACAUAAGACCCUUGACAGUAAGCGUGACAUCAUUCGCAAAAAGAAGUUAGUUUCGUUAGAAUCAUCCAUUUCCAGUUUUUAAACUAACUGACAUCCAAGAAAUGACAGACAUGAACUCAUAUAGAAGAUGCAUUGCCAAAUAACAGGGGUAGUAUAACUUAAGUCCUGAAUAAUUAUCAUCACUUAAACAAAAAGUCUUGAGACCAAAUGUUGACUAAAACAAAUCAGAUGUAUUUUGCAUUGGAUUAACAGCGUUAUAAAUGGCAACUUUGAGUUUCGUUUAGGACAUCUAUGAUAUCCCAAGCUAUACUUUCAAUAUAGAAAAAUUAGAUGAUCAUUUAUAUUUUCUCAAAUCUUAAUACAGCUCUGAUUUAUAUGAAAUUGUUGAAUCCUUACUUGUUAUGGCACCUGAUAAUAGACCAAAUCCGAAAUAAGCUCAUGAAUUAUUGCAUAGAUACAGAUUUCAGCUGGAAGAUUAUUUUAGAUUUUCUACUAUUGCUGAAUUCAUACCCAACUAUUCAAUUGAUUUCAAAGAACAGAGUGGUGGAUAUGGGAUUCAAAAGUAAAGGGUUGUUGAAUAACAAUAAUAUGCAUUGUAAAAUUAAGACCCGAAUAAUUUGUACCAUUAAGUUGAGGAUCUAGAUUAAAGAGCUAAAGUAGCUUUAAAAAGAAGUUAGGAUGCUUAAAUCAGAUUCUAAAAGUCCCCCACAAAAAAAUUGAAAGUUCCUCUUCCUAAUUGGGAUCCAACCAAAAGCUUACAAUAAUACUAGAAUUUAUAACCAAUUACAUUAUAGGAAAUUCUUCCUUUGCAAAACAAAUAAAUGAAUAUUUAGAGUGAUUAAAUUAUAAUUUAGGAUCCUCCUUCCAAUAGACAAUCUUUCUUUAAAAAAUUAACAAACCCCUAAUAAUAUUAAUAGCAUAAUUUUAAUGAACAUGAAUAACUCAUACAUAAUGAUGAUGAAUAUGCUUAUAAUCAUUAAGAAAUUGAUGAAUAACCAAAACAAAGUUUAGUUGAGUAAGUCGAAUUAACAAAUUCCAAUUUAAAAAAUCUAUAAUAAAAGCCUAUAACGAAUUAGUUUGAUAAUAACUAAUUUUAACAAUAGUCAUUAUUUCAAUCAAUUAACACGGAUUAAAAGAAGUUUCCUUAACAAUAAUAGUAAAUACAAUAGCAAACCUAUUCUUAAUUUUAAUAGUAAUCCUACUAGUAUUCAAAUCAAGUUUAAUCAAAGCAAUUAUAAAAUAUCGAAUAGUAAUCCUAAGCAAGAUCAUCCACUUACAACUACCCAUCGAAUUAAAUAAAUGAGAGCAUACAUGAUCACCAAAGGUCUCCUUAUGCCUUGUAAUAAAGACAGUCUUUGGCAUUAUCUCAAGACAAAGUGAUUACUUAAUAAUUAACUGGACAAUAAGUCGAGCAAACUCUACAGAAUCUAUAAAAUAGAUAAUCCAUUCGACAAGAUUCAUUUGGAGUAGGAUCUUAAAGACCACAACAACCUUUGGUAGUUCCGAAGUCUCCAGAGAUAGAGCCUAAGAAUAUUUUCCCCUAAUUUGAACAAGAAAGAUAGCCUUAAUAUAAUUAGAGAUCUCCAAUUCAGCCUCUUGAGAGGAUUGAUGAUGAUGAAUAGGAGCCAAAUUACAACCCACAUUUAACAGAAUCUAAUGACUCUUAACAGGCAAUAUCGGUGCAGAGCAAACCGUAAAGCAUGAGAGGCACAAUGGUCGGUAGUUAAACACAGCUAAAGGUCCCUCCAUCUGCUGCCUCAAGACAGCAACGUCCAACUGUAUAAGCAUAGUAGACGACUUCAUAGAAGAAUAUUUACAAUCUUUCAUAAAAGAAGAGCAGUAAAAUAAUAAAAAAAUGAACUUUAUUAUAUAUUAUAUUAAUUUAUAUUCAUCAACUA